UGCCAUCAUCCAUCUAAUUGAUUUCACUAUAUAUUUACACAUAAAACACUCGAGCAGAAACCUAUUAGCAAUUUGUAGUAAUUAAUUUCAUCCUCUUAAGUAUCCAUUAAGCUCAAUUAUUCUCUCUAGCUAUGGCUUCUUUUGAGGUUUUUUCGAGAAGUACUCUCUAUCGAUUUAAUACAUUUGUUGUUACGUUCAUGUUUGUUGCAACCAUCUUCGUGUCAUCUUUUCAGUUUCGAGUUGGAGGUGAAAUUGGUUGGACUAAACCAAUUGGUAACGAGUCUGAGACUUAUAAUGAAUGGGCUGCAAGAAAUAGGUUUCAUAUUGGAGAUACCCUUUAUUUUAAGUACAAAAGUGACUCAGUACUAGAAGUAACACCAGCUGAUUACCUCAACUGCAACACAUCAAGCCCAAUUUCCAAAUAUGAAACCGGAGACACAGUUUUCAAAUUUAGCCAUCCUGGCUUCUUCUAUUUCAUUAGUGGCCACAAAAGUAAUUGCAAAUCUGGCCAGAGACUCAUUAUUCGUGUAAUGCACCCUUCUGAAAUUUCUUCACCAGUAGCUGCACCGGAUAUUUCACCGGCACCGACCGUUGGUGGUGGUGAUGAUGGCGGAGAUAGGUGGGCUUCUGACUUCUUGGGCCCACCGUCGAUUAAUUCUACAAUGGCACUUUCUGUUUUUUCGUAUUUUGUUACUGCUCUUGGGGGUGUUAUGGUCUUUCUCUAUUUGCUCAUGUAGAAGUAUUUAUACUUUUUCAUGUUUUAGAUAUAUGUUCAUGUUUUUUAUAGUUUGCUUUAGUUGUAAUUUCUCUAUUUAAUUGGAAUUUUA